AGUAAUCGGAUGAAUUAAACAACAAUAGCCACCGGCAAUCAGACUAAAAUGAUCCACUGAUUGGACUUUGUCGCUCAUUCCGCGCGCAGCACUUGCAGCAAGAUGACGUACCAAGGAUACAAGGAACUGCUUGUGGAGCAGCAGGGCAAGCUGCUCGUGGCCAAGUUCAACAAUCCGAAGAAGAAGAACUGCAUCAACAUGUUCACCUACCAGGAGAUGACCCGGGUGCUGACCGAGGUCAACGACGACGAUGGCGUAACCAUGGUGGUUUUCACCGGCGUGGGAGAUAUCUUUACGGCCGGAAACGACUUGUCCCAAUCCUCCAAGUCCGACGACAUCGACGCCUUCUUUAAACAGUCCAAUGCGACUUUCAAGGCUAUGGUUCUGAGCUUCGUCAACUGCAGGAAGAUAGUGCUUUCUUUGGUGAACGGACCUGCCAUCGGAAUUGGAGCAACCAUUGUGGGAUUGUGUGAUGUGGCCUGGUGCUCCGAAACGACCUACUUCUACACGCCAUUCACCAAGCUGGGAUUGGUGCCAGAAGGCGGCUCCUCCUACAUGCUGCCCCUGAUCCUGGGGCGUUCCAAGGCGUCGGAAAUCCUGCUGUUAAACGAACCGCUGAGCGCCCAGGAGGCCUAUCAGUUCAACUUUGUUUCGAGGAUCUUCAAGGCCAGCGAAUUGGAGUCGGUGAUUUGGCCCAAACUGCGUCAGUAUUCCGAGCUGCCCGCCAACUCCCUUCUGCAAGGGAAGCGCCUCAUCAAGGAGGGCUUCCUGGAGAAUCUCAUCAAGGCCAACGAGGCGGAGUGCAAGCAGCUGCUCCAGCAGUUCCAGCAUCCCGAGUUUUUCCAGGCCAUCAUGGACUUUGCCAGCCGUAAAAACAAGGCGAAAUUGUAAAUAUGCUUAAUGUUUAUUACCGCCUCAGGGAAUUUUGCCGCCUAUUUUUAAACCCAAGAGAUAUGAAUGCUAAAUCUUGUGGCACAAAGAUCAAAACAAAUGGACUUCUUAGCGAUUAGAUUAGAGGCAUUAUGGGUGCUUCUUGCACUAUCUGUGUAUGUACAUAUGUUCCAAUAUAUUGCCGAAGUGCUGAUUAAAAACAAUUGAAGAA